AUGAAGCUUAACGGCGGAGGAAUAUCGCCUGCGCUAGCGCAGUGGGUUCGUAGGCGCCUCGAAGGUGCCAACUGGAGCAUUCGCAAAAAGAGUGUGUCUCAAAAGGUGCCAACUGAUUGGGUUUCAGUUGCUCUUGUAGCCUCACAGAAGGUUCGCACCAAGCUGGACGGGUACACAAUUUUUUUGAUACCUACUGGAACGCAACGAGUUGAAUCUAAUGUGGCUUCAGAUGCCAAAAAGGGAUGCAUAGUGAUGGUUUCUGCAGAAAUGUACUCCUCGAAGGUCCUUCCUGCCUUUAUUGUGAUGACCGCGACUCACAAUGGCACCCUUGCUAGACGUUUUGCUACGUGGCGUGAUGAAGGAGGUGAUGCAAGCGUUCAUUUUCAACCUUCACACUGGAUGGACACGCCAACCGCAAAAAAGUACGCGGACGUUUUGGUUAGUCUAUACCCGGGUCGAAAAAUUGGUCUCAUUUGGGAUGCAGCUUCAGCUCACAUUUGUCAGGAAAUGAUUGACUACUUGAACAAGAAAGGUAUCAUGUAUGAGUUUAUUCCCGCUGGAUUAACUUCUAUCAUGCAAAUCUGCGAUCUCUACGUCAACCGACCUUUGAAAGCUGCUAUUAAGAAAAACUUUAUGCGAAAGUAUUGA